UGGGCUGAUGAGCAGCCUCCAAUUACAGAUAACCUGAUCGCUGAUGUCACAUCACUAGUGUUUUCCUGUUGGGGUUGGCUGUAGCAAUGCCAUUCUACUAGAGAGGCGAGGAUCACACUGCAGAGGAAGCUCAGGAUAAUAUAGGCGUGUGCCAAGAUGCUGUUGACAUUACAGUGUGAUUCAGACAUGUCUGCUAUGGUGACAACUGCUGCAAGUACAGACUACAUAGAGCAUCCCAAAAUCAUCGAUGAUGAUGUCUGUCUGAAUGAUAUUCUGGUGUCCUCUAAUCAAAGUCCAAUCAACUUUCAGGUGGAAAGUGUACACAACACAUUGGCAACAAGCAAUGCAAGCUAUAAGCCCACCAACACACCGCAACAUACUGAUCGUAGCGAGACCAAAGAUGUGGCCAAGAUAGAUGGUGCUGUCUCCUCCAGCACAACCACCGCUGACAUGAAGUUGUGGACUUCUCAGAGGGAAGGCACAGUUCAACUGCGGAUGGAGGAAUCUGGUGUGGCCAGCCUGCCUCCGAUCACCAUCCACCAGCUGUUCCAGGAAUCCGUUUCCAAAUAUGGGGAUUACGUAGCAUUGGCAUCCAAAGUGGGUGACCAGUGGAAUACAAUCACAUACAAACAGUACUACGAACAGUGCAGAAUAGCAGCCAAAGGCUUUAUCAAGUUGGGUUUGGAGAGGUACCAUGGUGUGGGCAUUCUGGGAUUUAACUCUGCAGAGUGGUUUAUCGCAGAUGUGGCAUCUAUACUUGCUGGAGGCUUUGCCGUGGGGAUCUAUACAACAAAUUCUGCAGAGGCUUGCCAUUAUGUUGCUGAGAAUUGCGAGGCAAACAUCCUUGUGGUAGAGAAUCACAAACAGCUUCAAAAAAUCCUUCAGAUUCAAGAUCAGCUGCCUCAUCUAAAGGCAAUUAUUCAGUACAAGGAUGAGCUGAAAGAGAAGAGGCCCAAUCUGUACACGUGGGCGGACUUCAUGCAGCUAGGGAAGGAUGUUGCAGACGCACAGCUCGAUCAGAUCAUCGACUCUCAGAUGCCAAACCAGUGCUGCACCCUGAUUUACACAUCUGGGACCACAGGCCAACCAAAGGGCGUUAUGCUGAGCCAUGAUAAUAUCACCUGGACUGCGGCCGCAGCUGGCAACACUGUUCGGCUCAGAGAGGCCACGGAUCUACAGGAGGUGGUGAUCAGUUAUUUGCCUUUGAGUCAUGUUGCUGCCCAGAUGAUAGAUAUCUGGUUGACAAUGAAGUACGGAGGAGCCACGUACUUUGCACAGCCAGAUGCGCUUAAGGGCUCUCUAGCGAACACUCUGAGGGAGGUGAGGCCCACUGCAUUCCUUGGCGUACCUAGAGUGUGGGAGAAAAUGCAGGAGAAAAUGAAGGCUAUUGGGGCCAAGUCUUCUACUAUCAAACGCAAAGUUGCCUCUUGGGCCAAAGGCGUGGGCUUGGAGACCAACAUGAAGAGAAUGAAUGGAGCCUCCCCCAACCCAAUGAAGUAUCACAUGGCCAAGAAGCUGGUUUUCAAAAAGGUGCGCAAGGCUCUUGGGCUGGAUCGGUGCACAAAAUGCUACACUGGGGCUGCUCCAAUCACAAAGGACACGCUGGAGUUUUUCCUGAGCCUUAAUAUACCAGUAUAUGAGUUGUAUGGGAUGAGUGAGAGUUCAGGCCCUCAUACCAUCUCCCUGCCUGAUGCUUUUAGAAUAACCAGCUGUGGAAAAGUAAUUUCUGGGUGCAAAACAAAUAUUUAUCAACCAGAUAAUGAAGGAGCUGGAGAGAUUCUGUUCUGGGGACGCCAUGUCUUUAUGGGAUAUCUCCAUAAUGAAGAGAAGACCGUGGAGUCACUGGAUAAGGAGGGAUGGCUGCAUUCUGGGGAUAUUGGGAAACAUGAUGACAAAGGAUUCUUGUUUAUCACCGGACGAAUAAAAGAAUUGAUCAUUACAGCCGGGGGAGAAAAUAUCCCUCCAGUUCCCAUUGAAGAUGCUCUAAAGGAACGAGCCCCAAUAAUCAGCAAUGCCAUGUUAAUAGGAGACAAGAAGAAAUUUCUUUCUAUGCUGCUGACACUCAAGUGCAACGUGAACGCCGACUCUGGGGAACCAGAAGAUGAACUUACUACAGAGGCAGUUGAGUUUUGCCGAGCAUUAGGCAGUAAGGCCACGCGUGUGUCUGACAUUGUUGGUGGCAAAGACAAGGCAGUGUAUGCAGCUAUUCAGGAAACUGUAAACGCUGUAAAUGAGAAAUCCACCUCCAAUGCACAGAAGAUUCAGAAGUGGCUUAUCCUCGACCGGGACUUCACCAUUGCUGGAGGAGAGCUAGGCCCCACUAUGAAACUGAAGCGUCCAGCUGUGUCAAAGAUAUACAAAGAUCAAAUUGACAGUUUUUAUCAAGAUGCAACUACGCCGACUGAAAACAUUCCAUCAAAGUAGUUUAUUUUUUUAUUUUUUUUGUUUUUGUUUUUUUCUCUACCCCACCCCCACUCCCCUUAAGUCGCACUAAGGCAUUCUCUUCCUCUGCAAUUUUCCGGUUUGCAACCCGAUGAUGAUGAAAUCGGUACUCCUGUCAUGACUCUAGCAGGUGUGCAUGAAGAUAAAGAAAAACAAACACCCAGGUUUUGAAUGUCUUUGGGUUCAGCUUGUUCGUUUAUGAACACAACCUCUUACUCGUUCCUUUUUGAAGGUCAUAUGAAGAACUAUCUCCACCCUUGUUCCCACGAUUACCACUGCAGCUUGUACAGAGUGGAGAGCAAAUCAGUUUUUUGGACAAUUAGAAUCUGUUCAUGUAAUAAGUGCCUCAUGAGUGGAAUGAGAUGCAAACCAAUGGAUUAAGACACUAACCAGUGUAUUGAGAGCCAUGUGUGUCCAUAAAAACGAGUUCUAGAAUCUUAACAUGGCCUUCUGCAAAAGUCAUGUUGUUGGUCUAAACCAGGGGUAGACAACCUUCUCACUUCAGAUGUUGAGGAAUCCCACACUGCUUUUACAGCCAUAAUGCCAUUGCAUGGCACACAAGGCUGCUAGACCCAUGCAAGCUGUGUAGCUUGGAGGAAUAACCAGGAGCUGGCCUACCAUGGGUCCCAGUGGGACUUCUUCACAUAUCUGCUUGUGCCAACUGAAUAUUCAGCACUAAUGGUGACUGCAGCAAGUGCUGCUCACACAGAAUACAUCACAGCCAACAUACGCACAAACUUAUACACAUUAAUUUAAGAGAAUAGGACUGGCACGACUAGGGACUUCAAAGACUCGUUUUGGCACAGUAGUGAUAAACGGUUGCCUAACUUUGUUCUAGACCAUUCAUUGCCUGUUGACCAUUCACUCUCUGCUGGCCACAUGUGUGCUAACAGAUGGUGGCUGAUCAUCUGAUAUGACGGAAUAUAAGCCAAAAGUAGCAUUGCAUACCACCCAUGCAGGUUGGAGCUCAGGAUUUUGAACUGAAAACACCAAAAAUUGACAGAGGAUGUGAAUUGUCCACUCCAGUAGAUGGGUAGAUUUAAAAUAUAUAUAUAUAUAUGUUUUUGAUAUCCUAAUUUUGAUGUACAAACAUUGGUUAAUUUAUUUUGUAAGUCUUUGAAUGUAUGGAGGAACUUUUCCUGAGCCAUCUAUCUAUCUUUUUUUUUUUUUUUUUUUUUUUGUAAAAUGUGUGUUUUUAUGCCAAGAAUAGAUUGUUUGCCCUCGUUUCUUUGCUAAAACACAAUUCACAAUAUUUUGGUUGGUAGUUAAUGGAGGCUUACCUGAGAUUUCCAUUGCACAUGGUAAGUAGGCAUUUUUCACAAAGGGCAGUGAAAUCUAGAUUCAAGCACCAUUUUCUUGCUGGUAUAACAAAUCAUUCUAGCAUGAUUCGAGUAGUGACCAACAGGGAGCCUGUUGGUUACCAUACAACAACGCUACUGGCUUCAGUAUUUCUGUAGCCUUAAAUGAGAAGCCGAUUAUUCCGCAAUAAUUUAGUUUGUCACUUCGGUUGCCUAUUUUUCCUACCUUUGCUAAAAAGUGCAAUGUUACAAAAAAGUCCAUACCCCUUAAACUUUUGCCAGCCACAUACGAACAGCCACUGACUGCAUGUUUUAUCGUAUUUUUCGUUAAUCGCACUGCUAAUUUGACUUACUCUAACAGAGUAAAAAAGGAAUAAAUCCUUGCCGAGUCCUGAAGUGUCAUUUGAAAACUGAUGGCAUUCAUCUCACAUCUAGAUUCCUUUUUUUGCAAAAUAGAGCACUCUUCCCUUUACAUAUUUAAAAGACUUGCCCGGCAAGCAUAGGAGACCUUGAUGCAGUUGCACUGCUCUCUGAGCCAAUAUCUCACAUCAAAACUCUUCAGGAACAGCCCUUACUUUUGUUUGUGGCUUGUAUUUUUUUUUUUAUUUUGUUUUUCUCAAUGCAUUGUAUAUUUUGUUUAAAGGAAGUUUGCAUUAAAAUAUAAUUUAAAUUUCUAUUUAUAAUUUAAUUUUUUCUUUAAAUAUAGACACUUGUGAAAUUGUUCUACCAUUGUAUACGAUGUACUUAUAGGGCAGACACAAGGUCUUAUCUUGUAAAAAGACGUCUACUUUGCAAUAAGUAAUGUCUUUGAUACGGGAUAGGCUAAGAAUUGUCUGCCUUACCAAAGUGGAAAAACUGAGGUGUCUUAAUCUUUAUUAACAAGGACGUUGAGCACAGGAUAGUUUAAAGGUAUGUGGAAGGAGCGCGUCCAAAUCCACACUUUAGAAAGGAAAAAAUCAGUGCACUAAUCGCAAAUUUUAAAGAUUUUGUGAUGAACUUGGGACAGAAGGGUAUGCAAUACUGAUGUUAAUCUUUAUUAUAUAUUUUGUUACUGUACCUUCUUACAGAAUAAAUAUC